GGACAAAUCCGGUCGGAACUUCCUGCAUUUGGCCGUGCAGAAUGUGGACCGAGCAGCCAUAUUUUUUCUCAUUCAAACCGGGAUGGAUAUGAAUCGACGGGUGGCUGACAUGAACCAGUACACCCCGUUGCAUUUGGCCAUUAUAGCCGGGGUACCGGAAGAUAUUUUCCGCAGUUUGCUUUUGGCCGGUGCAUCGACAGAGGAUCGAACACUGCAGAAAUACACACCGUUGCAUUUGUGUGUGGUGCACAAUCGGGCCGAACUGCUUCACUGUCUCAUUGAGACCGGGGCGAACGUGAACGAGCGAGACUCGGAGAUGAAUACGCCCUUGCAUUUAGCCAUUCGUACUGGUCACGUCGCGUGUCUCACGGUCUUAUUAGCCCAACCGGCCACGGACUCGUGUCUCAUGAAUGUACGGUAA